UGAUGUACGUGGUCAAACGUACGUUCGAGUUCAAAUAAUAUAUAAAUUUACAAUAUAAAUUAUCAUUAUUAAUAUGUUCUAUAGUAAUGUCGUCAUAAAUUACACCUAGAACAUAUUUACUCUUAUUUACUCUUUUAAGUCUGGACUUCUGGAGUUGUGAAUCGAACGCUCAUCCAACUUCUGUUUUGAUAAAAUGUUUUUUAUUCAGACCCUGUCAGUACUCGCGCUGUAUUUUUGCGCAUGUCGUGCUACACAAUCUAAAGGAAUAGUUUCUUUAGACUCGUUGACUUUCGAUAAGGUUCUUUCAAAAUUUAAAGUAUCAAUCGUGAAAUUUGAUGUAUCAUACCCAUAUGGCGAAAAACACGAAGAAUUUGUAAAGUUGGGUUCUGCUUAUCAAUCAGUAGAAGAUUUGCUCGUUGCUGAAGUACCUGUGAAAGAUUAUGGAGAAAAAGAUAAUGAAGAUUUGGCCAUCAGGUAUGGUGUGUCAAAAAAAGAUUACCCAAUCGUUAAGUUGUUUGUGAGUGGCCAGUCUGAGCCAUAUGUGUUUAACGAUGAAGAUUUUAACCAGGAAAAAUUACAAAAAUUUGUGGUUAAACAUAGCAAAGAAAUCUUGUACAUUGGACUUCCAGGUACAUUAGAAAAGUUUGAUGGUUUAGCAUCAGAAUUCGCCAAGGAAAAAUCAGUGGAUAAACGCAAAGAUAUAUUGUUGAGAGCUGAGAAAUUGUGGGACAGCAGCGAGGGCAAGCAAAAGCAAAAGUCAGCCGAGGUGUACGUGAAGAGUAUGAGAAAAGCUUUAGAAAAGGGUGACGAGUUUUUCCACACAGAAACUGUUCGCAUCAACAAUGUGCUUAAGGGUUCAAUGACCCAAGAGAAAAAAGCAGACUUGAGUGUUCGUUUAAACAUUUUGGAAUCAUUCAAAGUACAGCAUGACGAGCUGUAAACUUUUUUUGUUUGAUAUGCUACUUAUUUAAAUAAGGUAUUUUUGGGGGUUGUUAUAUUUUUGUAAACUAUUUUUAUAAUCACUUCAAUGAUCAAUGAUAAACAUCAAGUGAAGAACAAUUAUAAUUCAAUUAUGUAUGAAUUAUUCACAAUAUAAAACAAAAUUCACUCAUA